CAGUCUCCCUUCUCCCCCACGUUCUCGUGUCGUAAAUUCCGGAUGCGCGUGUCGUCCACGAUCUUCAACUGUCUUUCACUUUCCUCUUCAGCUCCGUCCUCUCAGAAACGUCGUCGUCCAAAGUAGUCUUCGUCUCCCUUACAACCCAUCCCUUCCCCGGGCCCCCAACAAUUUCUCUGCUAAACCCUCCCUUUCCCUCUCUCACACAACACUCUCUCUCUAUCUGGGGUUUUGCCAUAACCAAAAUGGGGGAGAAAUCAAAGAAGCCCAGAAAGAAUUUCGUCACCGAAGAAGACAUUUCCACUCUCUUACAAAGGUAUACGGCGACGACGGUGCUGACGCUGCUGCAGGAGGUGGCGCAGGUGCAGGAUUCUAAAAUUGAUUGGAAUGUUUUGGUGAAAAAGUCGACGACAGGAAUUUCUAACCCGAGGGAGUACCAGAUGCUUUGGCGGCAUUUGGCUUAUCGCGACGCUUUGCUUGAUAGACUCGAUGAUGCUGCUGCUCAACCUCUGGAUGAUGAUAGUGAUUUAGAAUGUGACUUGGAAGCUUUUCCCGCGGUGAGUAAUGAAGCUAUGGCAGAAGCUGCAGCUUGUGUGAAGGUAUUAAUUGCUUCUGGACCAAGCGAUCCCAAUGGCUUAACAGUUGAAGCUCCCUUAACUAUUAAUAUUCCGAAAGGCCAGCCAUCCAAAGCUCCUGAGAAUUCACAUUGUAAUGUGUUUGCGCAAGGGACGAACAUAACAGUUCCAGUUUCUGUACAGAAACCGUCACUGCCUUCUGUCGCAAGUGCUGAAGCAUUGGAUUCUAAUGGAGCAGCUAAUGCAAAUUUGCCUCGAAGGAAAAGAAAAGCAUGGACAGAUGCUGAGGAUCAGGAACUUAUGGCUGCUGUGCGAAAGUUUGGUGAAGGAAAUUGGGCAAAUAUCUUAAAAGGAGACUUUAAGAGUGAUAGAACAGCCUCACAACUAUCUCAGAGGUGGGCUAUUAUCAAGAAACGACAGGGUAAUUUGACUCUAGGAACAGGCUCACAGCUUUCAGAGGUUCAGCUGGCUGCCCGUCGUGCUGUGUCACUGGCUCUUAAUAUGCCUAUGGGGGAUACCUUGAAAUCAUCUCCUUCGAUUUCAUCAGGGACGAAUGCAAAUGUUGCACACAGCAAACUUGGACCACCUCAUUCUAAUGAAACUCCAUCCAUUGUCGCACCAUUGCAACAUGAUUCCGUGUCAACUGCAGGGCAUCAAAUUGGAUCAUCAAAAUCUCGAGUUACAACCAAGAAACCUUCUACAAAAUCUACUAUUAGUUCGGAUUCAAUGGUUAAAGCGGCAGCAGUAGCUGCUGGAGCCCGAAUUGCUACCCCUUCAGAUGCUGCAACACUACUCAAGGCUGCACAAUCUAAGAAUGCUGUCCAUAUCAUGCCCGGAGGUUCUGUGCUCAAAUCGUCCAUGGCAGGCAAUGCAAAUUCAUUGCCCAGCAAUGUGCACUUCAUCCGCACUGGCCUGGCUUCAAAACCACUUUCCACUUACUCAACAGCUGCAGUAAGUUCCUCACAAAAUGGUGGUACUCAGCAAGUCCUAGGCACAUCUUCAAAACCUGCAAUACCUCUAAAUCAACCCAACUCAGCUGGCACUGCUCAAGAAUUAAGUGCACCGUCUGAAGUAAAAAGUGUUGCCGUGCCUGGCCCUGUUUCAAGGCUCGAGUCAAAAAUUGUUGAGGAUUUUGGUACCUUUAUGUGCAAUUCUGAAAAAGAGCUUCUUAAAGAAAAUCAAGCUGGUUUCAAAUGUGACGGGUCCAAUGAACAAAUGAAAGGAGAUCUGACUGCUGUUUCUGUUGAUACUAAACCAAAUCAAGUCCAAGAGGAUCAGGGUGCUUCAGAGAAUUUAUGUAGUGAUCAGGCUGAGGGAGGUCAAGCAUCUGUUAUGGGCGAAAUAUUGAAAGAGCAUGCCAGUGGUGAUGAGGUCUCUGCUUCAGCCAAUGCUCUUAACAAAAAAGCAGGAGAUCUGAUUGAUUCACAAAGCUCUAGUAUGGCAGCUAGCAAUGGUCAUCUUGGUCCAACUGACAACCAGGCCUCAACCACAUUUGACAGCGUAAGGAAGGAUGAUGUGAUGGGUAUGCCAGUUAAAUGCAUCAGUGAUAAACCCGUCAAGGAAAUGUUUGAGAAUAACAUGGCAAAGAGAGAAGAGGGCUUAAUCAUGGAUUUGGAUGGAAAUGAUGGACAAGCAAAUUUAAAGCAAUGAGAAGCUUUUAGAAUGGGGCGAAGUGAAAAAUAGCUUGCUCGCCUGAAUUAAUUACCUGUGGAAUGACUGUUGGCCGAUGUUAUUAUUCCUCUCUCCCCACCUUUCUGAAUUGUAUGUAAUUUUGCAGGAAGCAGUUACUGUCAGGUUAGAUAGAAAAGGCUUGUGAAUUCAUGACUUCUGGUAUCUUUUCAUCUGUGAAUAGUGGAGCCCUCUUUGAUUAAUUUGUAAAUAAGUUGAAGGCGUUCUGACAUAAGUAGGGUAUAUUUCGUUUCAUCAAUUUCUUAUAUUGGAGGAAAUGUUUGAUCUCCCCUUUCCUCA